AUGUCGUCCACAGCCCCGAGGGUAAGGCCACGGCCUGCCCACACCUCCGGCACAACGCGCUGCGCCUACACCCCCAACGGCUCCCGCCUCGUGACCGUUGGCUCCAACAACACCAUUCGAUUGUACAAGACGGGCUUUGACGGCGAACCCAUCAACAUCGACGAGUGCCAGGAACAGAACGUCACAGUGGCUGCUGCCGAUGACUUCUUUGUCGUCGGUUCUGAAGACGGCACCGUCAGCGUCUACUCCUCGAUCACUGAGACCUUUGAUCGGUUCAUCACCCGCACCUCGCUGCCCAUACGCGACAUCGCCCUCUCUCCCGACCUCAAGUGGUGCGCUGUUGCCAGUGACGAGUUGACGGUCAAGAUUGUCGGCACCUUUGACCACUCGUACAUUCGCACGCUGAAGGACCAUGGAAGACCUGCGAAACACGUUGCCUUUGAUCCCAAGGGCGGGCUGCUCGCCGUGUCCUGCACAGAUGGCAUCGUUUACGUCUACUCACUCACGGCAGACCAGCCGGAGCUGAUACACAAGGUGGAUGGCAUUAUUGGGUCGCUGGAGACCGACUCGGAUCUCUCUUCAGAGGCUGUGUGGCAUCCCGACGGACGGGCCCUGGCACUGCCGACACCCACCCACGAUAUUCAGGUCGUUUCGAAGAACGACUGGGAAAAGCAGCGCGCCUUUUCCAAUGGUCAUCUCGGAGACAUCACUGCCCUGGCCUGGUCGCCCAACGGCGCCUUGCUAGCGACGGCCGCCAAGGACGGCAAGGUCCUCAUUUGGGAGACGAAGACGCAGAGCGUCAUUCAAAAGUUCGACUACAACAAUGUCAUUGAUCUCUCCUGGCAUCCCACCGACAACCUGCUGUCCUUCUCCACGUCGGAAGGCGAAAUCUACAUCUACCCUGACCUCAUCAACGAGCAGUUCGCCUCCCUGCUCAAACUCCCUAAACAGCUCGCUCCCUUCAUCCACGACCCCCUCUCCGAGAUCUCCAACGCCCGCCGCCCACCACAACCUAAUGGCAACACCAAUGGCAACGGUGCACUCCCUUCUCGGCCCCGCCGCGACUCCCUCGGCAGCCUGGACUCAUUCCUCAACGCUGAUGACGACGGUCUCGGCGAUGGCGACGACUUUGUCGUUGACGAUGAUGGGGCCGGUUAUGCGGCAGGAUCCAGCCGCAAGCGGCCUCAUGACGGCUCCGGCCCCAUCGAGCACGGAGGCAAGCGACGUCAGCUUAUGCAGGCCGAGUAUCACGAGGCUUUCCAGCCGGGCUCGACCCCAUGGCGCGGCAACAGGAAGUACCUCUGUCUAAACCUCAUUGGCUUCGUCUGGACCGUUGAUCAGGAUGGCCACAACACCGUCACGGUGGAAUUCUACGACCAUGAGCUCCACCGCGACUUCCACUUCACCGAUACCUUCCUUUACGAUAAGGCGUGCCUGAACGAGCAGGGCACGCUCUUCUCGUGCCCGCCUCUAAAGGACCAGCCAGCGACCAUCUUCUACCGCCCGCACGAGAUGUGGACGCAGCGUCAUGACUGGCGGAUCCAACUGCCCAAGGACGAGCACGUUCUGGCCAUGUCACUGAGUGAAUCGUUUGUGACGGUGACAACGACGGCCAACUAUGUAAGGGUCUACACGCUCUUUGGACUUCCGUAUCGCGUCUACCGUCCCAAGAACACGCCCAUGGUCACGUGCGCCAGCUGGAAGGACUACGUUCUGACAAUGGGCAAUGGGCCUGUCGGAGCUGAUGGCUAUACGAAGCUUGUCUACACCAUCGAGAAUGUCAAGACAGAUACCAUCUGCCAGAACGAAGACACAGUUGCCCUUCCCGAUGGCGCAACACUCAAGAGCGUCUUCUUCUCGGACUCGGGUAACCCAUGCAUCUAUGACUCGACAGGCACGCUCCUCACCCUCCUCCACUGGCGCAGCCCCUCCCGCGCCUCCUGGAUUCCCCUCCUCGACACCAAGCUCCUGCCCCGCCUCGCCUCUGGCCGCAAGACUGAGACGUACUACCCCAUUGCCGUUGCCGACGACAAAUUCCACUGCAUCAUUCUCAAGGGCGGCGACCAGUAUCCUUACUUCCCCCGGCCCCUUCUCUCCGAGUUUGACUUCUCCGUACCCCUGACUUCCACGCCCCCAAAACCCGCCCGCGCGGAAGGGUCCGACGCCGGCGACGAAGACGAGGACGCCGACGCCGGCCCGGAAUCUGAAUCCCGCAAGCUCGAGCAGGCGUUUCUACUACGCACGCUCGCGGCGGCGCAACUGCGCGACGCGGCGGACGACGACACCCCCAGCGGCAGCGGCGGUCGGCACGCGCAGCGGUCUGCGCUCGCGCGCGUCGAGCUCGAGGUCGACAAGACGCUGCUGCAGCUGCUUGCCAUUGAGUGCCGCGAGGGCGACGAGAGGGGCAUGCGCGCGCUCGAGAUGGUGGAGCUCAUGCGGGACCGCACGGGACGCAUGGUCGAUGCGGCGGUCAAGGUUGCUGAGCGGUACGGCCGGACGCUGCUUGGUGAGAAGAUUCGGGAGCUGGGUGAUAAAAGGGCCAACGGCAUGGAGGAAGACUGGUGA